UUAUAUUUUAUUUUUUGGUUAAAACCUACAGCUGGUUGUAACAUUUAUUUUUUUUUAAUUCAAAAAGUUUUAUUCUUUAAAUUAUUUUGAGUUAUUAAUUAAAUUAUAAAUAAAAAACAGAAAAUAUUUUUAAAAAAAUGCGACAAGUACUUUAUUUUGCUUAUGGAAGUAAUUUAUUGAAAUCACGAAUUAAAAUAAAUAAUCCAAGUGCUACUCUAAAAGACAUUGGACGAAUAGAAGAUUACAGAUUGGAUUUUGUUGGAUACUCAAAUUUAUGGAAAGGAUCACCGGCAACUAUCGUUGAAACUAAAAAUUAUCAUGUCUGGGGAGCUAUUUGGGAGCUGAAUGUUGAUGAUAUUAAACAUUUAGAUAAACAAGAAACUGAUUAUCAUGCAUUCCAAGUUGAUGUUGUUAAUCCUGAUGGUAAAAUUUAUAACUGUCGAGUUUAUCAGCAAAUAAAAUGUCCUGAGGAUAAUGUUAAACUUGAAAAUUUACCAGAAAUAAGACGACCAGCAUUGACUUAUUUAAAAAUAAUAAUUAAAGGAGCUCUUGAUUGUAAAUUACCAAAUUAUUACAUUGAUAUUAUAAGAAAAAUAAAACAUAAUGAAUUUAUGGAUGAAAAUAGUAUUAUUGGGAAAGAAUUGCAACACGUACUCUAAUAUCUAUAAUAUUUUUUUUCUAAAUAAAAUAUAAAUUUUAUAUCAUAAUUAUUAUUAUUACUGCUGAUAAUCUUGAUCUUUAAUAUAAAAAAUUUUCUUUAUAAAUACUGAGUAUUGAAUAAAAAUAAAUUUGUUUCCUCAAGUAAUAAAUUUUUUUUAAUUACUAGAAAACUGAAAACACAUUUAUCAUAAAUCAUAACAUGAGAAGUAAUUUAUUAUGCAAUAUAUUAAACAAACAAGUUUUCAAUGUUAUUAGAAUUAAUUAUUAAACAAAUAUGAGGAGAUAUUUAUAUAUUACCUAUUAGUCUAUCACCAGUCGGUUUAAAACUGUUGGCACUAGACAUAAAUAUUACGAUGAACGAA